AUGCCAGACACCCACAGCGGGAAGCCUACAGGGUUGUUGCCCUGCCCCAUCACUGAAAAGGACUUUGAUGGGGCACAGUUAGAAGAAAACCCCAGUCCAAUCGAUCCUCUCGGCGCUCUGCUCGCCGCCCCUCUCGCUCGGCGGCCGUGCGCCUGCGCAGGAUGCGCCAAGAUGGCGGCGGCGCCGGGUGGCCUGCAGGAGGAGGCGCUGAGGCGGAAGGAGCGGCUGAAGGCCCUGCGGGAGCGCACCGGCACAGCCGCCAGGCAGAAUAAGGAGGAUGGUCCACCCGAGGCCAAGCAGUUCAGAGGCGAUGCUGAAGAGGCAGAGACCGCAAAACACAAUGAGCUCAAGUUGCGGAAUUACGCGCCAGAAGAUGAAGAGCUCAAGCUGCGGGUGGUGCCUCAAGCCAAGCCAGCCUCAGUGGAGGACAAGGUGAAGGACCAGCUGGAGGCCGCCAAGCCCGAACCCAUCAUCGAAGAAGUGGAUUUGGCAAACCUUGCGCCCAGGAAGCCCGACUGGGAUCUGAAGCGAGACGUUGCCAAGAAACUGGAGAAGCUUGAGAAGCGAACGCAAAGGGCCAUUGCCGAGCUAAUCAGGGAGAGGCUCAGAGGCCAAGAGGAGAACUUGGCAUCGGCGGUCGAUGCAGCAAAGCAGGAUGGAAGCGACUCGGACUGAGGCAGCCGAUCGAGUAGUCUCUGGGAGACUAAUUCCCGUGGUGUGAGGCAGGCCUCAACCCAGAUGACUCGUGAAGAAGCUUUUUUAGUUCUCCCCUGGAUGCUACCCCCCCUACUCUGCCCCCCCCUCCCAACAAGCAACCCUGACAUGCCUGGUGUGAAUCCAAGGGGGUUUGGGGGGGGGGGUGUUUCAGGCUUCAGCUCUCUUUCCAGGCAGGCACCGGCUGGUGUUAAAAGCCAGUUCAUGGGGGGGAGGCAGAGCAUCAUCUUGGAGGUUUGUUCUGUGGCAAGAAACAACAGAGAAGAUCAGGGGGAUAGGAAAAGAAAUUAAGGGGGAAAGGCCAUUUGUUUUCAAAGCUGUGAGUGUUGCAGACACCCUCUGAGCUAAUCCCAGUACUCCAAAAGAAUGGCAGCGGAACAGCCAAAGAGAACCCACGGGUGACUGUUGUGCAAAAAAGGGACAGAAAGAGAACCAGCGGGCUGAAUCCAGAAGAUCCGGAGCUUUCCCCCUUUUCUCAGAGCCUUCCAUUGCUGGGACACGCUGUUUCCACCAAACCAAGGCUCCUUGCCCGAGAGGAGGGCUCCCUUUUUUGUGGAAUAGACUCUGUGGAUCUGCCCCAUAACUACUGAAAUCAUUCUGUUGGCGUUGCACCUGUAAGGAAUAGCAUAUAAGCAGCUUCCAUCAACUAAUAAAGUUAAUUGGCAGUGUCAUCCUCCAAAGAGUUAGACCCUUCCCACUCCAUUGAAGUCACUGGGCUCAGGAGGGCUUAACCGAUAGGAAAAGAAGGUGAGAUGCUUUGUGCAGCUCCCUGGCUCUUGUGAGCUGGACCCCGGAUUCUGCCCACAGAUCUCUCUCUGGCUGCUGCUCGACAGCUGUGAGAAGCUCCCAUCCGAGCCUCCCUUAGGCACACAGACUCCUCGUAUGCGCUGAAUCCCCCAGUCCUGUAGUCUCCAGCCUACUGCUGGCAGACUUAAGUACUGGGUGGGUGGGGUACUCACAACGGUGGGUGCUAAGAGCAGUAGCUAAACUUUGCCACUGCUCUUCCCCAUCCAUUCCGAUCUAUUUUAAGUCUUUGGAGAUGUGGUAGGGAAAGUGUCAGUCUCCUGUUUGUGCCUGCCCCUUUCCAUCUCGCGAGCGCGUGUGGGCACGAAGCAGCCAGAGUGCUGAGAAUCCAGUCAGUCACGUGGACUCGUCCUGUUUCUCUUGCCCAAGGGCUGGGUGAGUCAGCUCUUGGGCAAGGGGGCAGGGGGGGCAUGUUCUCAGUGGACCAGGCACCAAGUAUCUAGAAUGGGCUUCCCCAGUGGCGGCAAGCCACAGCACUGGGAGUGGCACAUAUGGCCUGAAUGUCUCGUUCCUGCUGUUGCUCUGUCUGUGCUGACUCAAAAAAGAACCUGGGCGAAGGGUGGGAUCCCUUUGACAAGGUGUCUGUGGACCAGUUCUGAACAGGCAAGGCCCCGGGGAAAGCCAAGAGUGUUUCCUGGGGGUGGGGUGGGGGUGUCUCUGUGUGCGGCUUAAGCUCUCCUCUCUUGUGUUGUAGCCUGAGAGGUUAACAACUAGCUCUUCUGGCUCCUCAUGCAUCUGUUGCAAAAUGUUGUCUGCCAUCUCUGUGGUAGAAUCAAACUGUGUGGGGUUGCACUGAGUUCUCUUUUUUUUAAUAAUAAAAUAUUCUGAAGUUGA